AAUGCCGUACAUUGACGCAGUAAAUAAUAUAAUAGAAGCCGCAGAAAGUUUUUGAAGGCGCUAAAACAAUAAAUCCACUAUUUAAUAAACGAAACAAUGAAUUCUGCUACAAAGGUUGGCGAAAUUUUUGCACAAGCAGGUGCUGCUUUCAAUCGGCUCGGUGAAUUGACAAUGCAGCUCCAUCCAACAGCUGACUCACCAGCGGGGAGUAAAUGGUCAGAUGAGGAAAUUGACAUGUUGCGAAACGCGAUCACACAUUUUUGCGAUGAUUUAAAUCAAAUCAGUUUACGAAUCAAAGGGCGGACUGUAUCACAAAUAAAGCAAACAUUAAAGAAAAAAGCAUUUGAAGAGGCCGGCAUUCCAGUAAAACAGAUAACAAUGGUUCAAGCUCAACCGCAUACAUCAACACAAGAUAUUCUGUAUAUUAAAGGUGAAUCACAGGAUUUGUCAGCUAUUCCAUCAACAUCAAAUACAAUCAUGGUAACACAACCGAAACCGCCCGCAGAGCUGAUUAGCACUGAAAUUAAAACUGAAGAAAUUCACAUUCAUGACGAUAUUAAUCUACUGACAAAUCCAGAUGCAGCGCUACUGAGCUCACUUGAAACGCCCACAACGGCUGACGAAUCAUCUGAUUCAAGUGAAAUCAAAAUGGAAGAAAUUACUGGCGCAUAGAAUUUUAAGUCAACUAUUAUUUAUACUGUCGUAUUCAUUUUUUUUUAAUUGCAAUUCUAUUCCACACUCAACCUCAACAUUUCGAAUAUCUAUACAUUUAAUUCUAUAUUUGCCUUGUCAUUUAACGAUAAAAUUUAUCAUACGGUGAAGAUAUAAAUUUUUUGAAAAAAAGGAAUGAAAAAUAAUUAUUUAAGCAACAAAUU